UUUUUGGACAACAUUAUCCGAACAAAAGAAGAAAACAUUUUCGGAUGAAUCGAGAAACACACAUUUGGCUGCUCAAAUUGCUUCAUCCUGUACUAAAACGUGAUGCAAACAUGGACACUUGAAAGAUACCAGCCGAAAACACGACAUUGAACGCAUAUUUGACGAAAUAAACAUGCAUCAGCAUAACGUGAGCGAUUGUCCAUGAUGUAAUUCACUGAAUGCGCUGACACGUUAUGACCUUAUGCAGUAUCGUAAGGACUGUAAAUUACUCGCCGCGGGUUGCCAUGUGCUCGCGAUUGUGCGCAACGCUGCUCUCGAUAUUAAUCCUGCCCGGGACACGUGCGAUCCAACCGUUCAAUGGGGACACUCUACCACCGAAAAUCUCGAAAAAGCUGGAUGAUUAUUGGGAAACCUACAAGACACAAUUUAAUAAGACUUAUGAGAAAAAUAUGGAAAAUGCAAGGAGAGCAGCUUGGGAAGAAAAUCUAGUGGAAAUUUAUAAACACAAUCUACUGGCCGCUGCGGGACACCACAGUUACACAUUGCGGGACAAUCAUAUCGCCGAUCUCAGCACUCGACAAUAUAUGCGCGACAUGGUAAAAUUGAUACCAAGUCGAAGACGCCGACUGCCGAUCGAACCGAUAGUAUCGGCAGCUUUGAAGGAUCCUCGCAAAAUACCAGAACAUUUGGACUGGCGCGAAUACGGUUUCGUCACUCCGUCGGUGAAUCAACGGAGCUGUGGGAGUUGCUACGCUUACUCGAUCGCGGAAAGUAUAGAGGGGCAGAUUUUUAAGCAGACCGGCAUGCUGCUACCCGUGAGCGCACAACAGUUGGUAGAUUGCAGCACGACAACCGGGAACCUCGGCUGCACCGGCGGUUCCCUCAGGAACACUUUGAAAUAUUUGGAAAAGUCGAAAGGUCUCAUGGCCAGAUCCAUGUAUCCCUAUAACGGCGAGCAAGGAGUGUGCAGAUUUCAGAGAGAUUUGAGUGUCGUCAAUAUAACUUCAUGGGCAAUUCUACCGGCGCGAGAUGAGAAGGCUCUGCAAAUAGCAGUGGCAACAAUCGGCCCCGUAGCCGCCUCCAUAAAUGCCAGCCCGAAGACAUUUCAGCUUUAUCACAAAGGCGUCUAUGAUGAUCACCAAUGCAGUUCGGAUAUGGUGAACCAUGCAAUGCUUGUCGUAGGAUAUACGCCGACCGAAUGGAUUCUGAAAAAUUGGUGGGGCAACAGUUGGGGUGAAAACGGCUACAUGCGAUUAGCGAGACAUAAGAAUCGUUGUGGCGUAGCGAACUAUGCGGCCUAUGUGAAAGUUUGACAUUCAUUCUUUCCGGAUUUGAUUAAAAAAUUUUCUUACAAAUUGCAGAAAAAUAUAUAAUUUCUUUUAUAUCUGACGCAAAACAAAUUAAUAAAUGCAAUAAAUCGAUAGAUAUUCGUGAUAAUUGAUCAUCGAAAUAAAUAAAUAUUACUUUUUUUUAGAUUCAUUCUAUUUUUAUCGUGUUUUUAUAUGCAUGUGCUUAUAAUAAAAAAAAAAGAAGAGUAAUGAAAAUACAAGGAAGUUUAAAUAUAGGAAGUUUAAUGUACUAUUUACUACAUUUCUAUCAGUCGUCCACGUUGUAGGGUCAAAGAUCGCAUGUAUUCAAACAAUUAAACUUCGGGCAAUUACUAAGGA